AUGGACGAGUAUGACAGAAUGCGUGUGCAGAGAGAUGCAAUUCUUCAAGAGUUUUCGCUGAUGAAAAGCGCUGCCAGGAGAGUGCCUUUCCCAAGAAGCACCCACACAAGCACAAACUACGCUGAAAACAUCCACGAAUAUGCACCCUCGGAAAGUGCCAGGCUAAAGGUAAUAUCCGCCCUGGAGAGAGACCGGCGUAAUUGGACGUGCAUUUUGGAGCAGCCUUUUCCAGCGGCAGAGAAUGCGGUGAAGGUAAAAGACGCAAGAAAGCCUGCCCUGAAGAGAAAGUACAUAAAGUACGUUAAGUUCGCAGAGUUAGUGGGACCACGAGAGGAAAAGUGUUCUAUUUGCUGGUGCUCGUAUAAGGCCGUAAACAUCUGUGGGAUCAUGCGAUGCAUGCACAUGUUUCACAGGACAUGCAUAAACAGACACAUUUCAACGGCAGGAUCCUGUCCCAUCUGCAGGAGAGACGUCAUCAGCGGAGUAGUCAACUAA